UCUUGCAUAAAUAAAUUCCCACCGCAGAACUAAUAGUUACAUUUAAAUUCAAAUUGCCAAAUUUUUCACAUCGUUUGAACUGCAAUGUAUCAAUGAAUCAAUGUCCAUAUGUGUAUAUAUUAAAACUAAAUGGAGUGCAGAUGAUUCAAAUCAAAUAGACACUUCACGGAUCGAGACAUCUCUGCAUUUUUCUUCCCACCUCUUAAGUCAGAAAUGAGUGGCGCAUGAACAUUUCAGAUGGAUUUAUCCUCGAACUAACGAUGAAAAGAGCGUCCACACACAGACACACACACCAUACCAGGAGAAGAGGAGCGUGGGGGGGUGAGAGAAAGAGAGAGAGAGAAAUGCUACAGAUGCAGGAGGUGGUGCUUGGACACAUUUUAGAGGCGUAAAGGCCUGCCUCAUUUGGCGCAGAUCAGAUCUUUUACAAAAAGCAAGAGAAAGCAAGAGAAAGUCGCCGCCGGCUGCUGCCAGCAUCCUCACCCCACUGCAGGAGUAACAGCAGCCUGACUGUUGCAUCAACAACACAUAGCUGGACAUGAAUACCGGCGGUCUGCGUGGCAUUCUGGACAUCAGCAACACAACCUGGGCUCUGUCGGAGCGCUCCGUGCUGCAGCCCAUGUGGGAUUACCUCCAGCAGAACCACGAGAGCACCUUGCGCUCCCCGCUGUUUCCCGUCAUCCUCUCGGUGUCCAUGUACCUGGUGCUGGUGUUCUUCUACACAGUGCUGGACCUGCUCGCACCCACCUGGCCCUCCAUCCAACGCUUCCAGAUCCAGCAGGACCGCACUGUCACCUGGUCCAACAUCGGCUCCACUUUGGCUCUCACCACGUACAACCAUCUGCUCUACAUCUUCCCCGCUGCCAUAGCCCAGUGGCUCUGGCGGCCGCCCGUGCCGCUGCCCCGCGAGGCGCCCACGCUCACCGCCUUCUUACUGGGAAUCGUGGGCUGCACCGUGGUGUUCGACUUCCAGUACUACUUGUGGCACCUCCUGCAUCACCGCAUCGGCUGGCUCUACCGCACCUUCCACGCGCUCCACCACCAGUAUCGCCAAACCUUCAGCCUGGUUACGCAAUACUUGUCCGCUUGGGAGCUCUUCAGCGUGGGCUUCUGGACCACCGUGGAUCCUUUGCUCCUCCAGUGCCACUGUCUCACCGCCUGGGCGUUCAUGCUCUUUAACAUCUGGGUGUCCACUGAGGACCACUGCGGGUACGACUUCCCAUGGGCGAUGCAUCGUCUGGUUCCCUUCGGCCUUUGGGGUGGAGCGCUGCGGCACGAUGCUCACCAUCAGCAGCCGGGCACCAACUUUGCACCUUUCUUCGCCCACUGGGACUGGCUGGGGGGAACCGCAACCAUGCCGGCUCCUGUAAAGACAAAAACACGGAAAGAAAGGGACGAAAAGGAAGCCUGAGGCUCUGCUUUCCAUUUCACACCCUCGCUCCCCUCUCUCUCUUCGCUCCAUCUGUCUCGCCCUGUCUCGCACGUUCCCCGUCUCUAUUCAUCUUCUCCCUGAACUGCAGAUCAAGUGUCUUACUAACAAACCAGUAGAGAAGCAAACAGCACAUUUCCAGCGAAAGCGUGCUGCUCCUUGAAUGUAUAAAGUAUCUUUUCUUGGAAAUCUAUUUUUCUAAAUAAUAAUAAUAAUAAUAAUAAUAAAAAAAACUCUUUAGCAUUUGAUGGCCAAUUUGUGGAGUUUUGUGGCAUAUCUCAGGUUUGUAGUUUUGGUCUAAUGUCUUUCAAAAAGAUGAUGUGUGUCCAAAAUGGCUUGUAUUCCAAUGCUUGUUAUUGUCAUUUGACAUUUUUUACUAAACUCAAGUCA